AUGCCACCUAAGAAGGGCCCCAAUUCUCAAUGGGCCGACUGGAUCGUCGAAGAAGCCAACUUAGCUUCUGAGAAAAACUCACGAGCAGCUGAUGUUUACAAUAAAGCCGCACGCGCUUUACGUGCAUGUCCACACCUUCUCAAUCAUCCGAAAGAGGCCAAGGACCUAAAUGGAAUCGGAGACAAAAUAGUUGCCAUCAUCACCCGGCGGCUGGAAAACAUAUGUCGAGACGAAGAUAGACCUUUUCCUCGGCAAGUACCCCUUCAGGAGCCUCAGGCAGGUCCUAGCGGGACAAAGCAGUCGCAGAGAAGAAAGAAACCAGCCGGACUGACUGCCGCAGAACUCGCUUUGGACGACCCAUCCGACGGAGAACUACCUGUCAAAGCCAAGAAAGCUCGAGUCACCAAGCCCUACACUCCUAAACCUCGAGAUGGUGCUUGGGGAAUCCUGGCCGCACUUUACAGUUUUUGCGAACCUUUGGAUCAAAAAAAGUUUAGUAGUCGCGAGACGAUCAUCGAGACUGGCCAGAAGUACUCUAACUUGAGCUAUGGAUCUGACUCUGGGGAUGGCAAGAAAGCAGCUUGGAGUUCCGCCAUGUCAGUCCAGCUGUUAACUAGCUUAGAAGAAUCCCAAUCACUAACAUUCUUUUUUGUUUUUCUUACUAGCGCCAUCUUGAAAAAGCAUCAGCUGGUGGUUGUACACGCCACCCUUCGACCCAUGAGAUAUGCCCUCACGCGUGCGGGGUUCGAGUUGGCUACUGCAAUCGCUGCGACCGAAGGAAUUCCACUCAUCGAGCUUGUUGCCGAAAUCUGUGCUGCUGAACCUGAAAUUCUUCCAGCAAAUAGGAGUCCUUCACCACCUACCUUGCUCAAGCGAAAGUCUAGCGUAGAUGCUAGCAGUCUGCGCUGGGUUGAAGAUGUCCGAAAUAAAUCGCAACGUAUAGCCCUUGAUGAAGACCUGCGGGAAGCCUCAUCAAUUUUAGGUGUGAAUCAUGCAACAAGCAGCAAUCUAACGCUUCAGGAUGCUGCCCAGAAGCCCACAACUACAAAGUCUCAUAGCGCACCUCAAGUUCCACAAAAGCGAAGUCACGCGGAUUCAGUAGAUUUGAAGGUCAAACGGGCGGCGACAGGUGCACGGGCUCACGUCUAUCGCGAGCCAGAGCCAGGUCCGUCAGUCGAUUCUCUUGGCGCUUUGCGCUUCCAGUUCUCUUAUCUCGACAAAAAUGACGUUCGGGUCAAGACUUCGAAAGAGGCUGAAGUGCAGCAUACUGAUGAGGAGGAGCUUUUCAAAGUCGAGUUUUGUACGCGCCAAAGACUUCAUCCGUUCAAGAUAAAGGCCAUCGUACAAGAGGCUCGACUCGAACGAGUUCUUGGACCUGAGGGUGCGACAAUGAUGGGCUGGUUACGGAAAGAAAAGACGAUACCGAUAUGCCCAGGAUUUGUGGAAGCUUUAGCGGGCGUGAGCCAACCCAAGCCUGUCAUCGGUCGUGCGUUGGGCGCGGAUAGAUUGACGAAGGACAGAUCUACAGGUUCGUCUCGAUCCAAGACGAUGGAAUCAUCCUCGAGCCGAGGCGAAUUCGGAAUUCCAACGGUUCCGGCUCCCCGCUCGGGAACUCAUCCUAUCAACUCGUUGCCACAGAAUGUGCCAUCGACCAGCUCGGCACCUCUCAUUCGGGCUAGUUCAUCUGCUGGCGUGUCGCAACAAAGCUCGAACCAGAAAGAUGAGCCAGGCCCUAGCUCUACCAGUCAAGCUCCUCGACCUCGACCUCGCGCUUCGUUUGCGACUGCGAAUACCAUUCCAUCUGGCUUAGCCAAGCCUAGAGCCUCAAUAGGAACUAUGAGCAUGAUUGCGAUGACAGUCCAACCUGAAACUUGGCCAGCUGGCUCCUAUACCAUCUCACUCAUCAUCGAUAAUCGUGAAGUCAAAUCAAAAGGGGACCGGGCUGGGAUUUAUAAUCUAUGUGUGACUAAAGCCCAAGCGCUCAAUAAACGAGAGUCUGAGGAAAUCAAAGUUGAACAAAGGGCCUUGGCUGUUGGUGAUGCGAUAUGGAUCGCGGUACAUAAGUCGACUGGGAAGGAAGUCGUGUUGGAUAGUAUUGUAGAAAGGAAGAGACUCGAUGAUCUCUGUGCGAGUAUACUAGACACUCGUUAUCACGAACAAAAAGCAAGGCUGAUGAAUUCUGGAUUGAGGGAUAAGAUCUACUUGGUAGAAGAAUUUAAUUCGCAAGCCAAUCGAAUCCAAUGGGGAAAACAGAUUGAGACCUCUAAAGUUGAGAUGAUGGUCGUGAGCAAUUGUCAUCUUCAUGAGACGGCUGACUGGAAAGCUUCAGUGGAUUAUUUAAUGAUGAGAACAGAGGUCUUGAAUACCUUACACAAAACGAUUGAUUUAUCAGUCAUACCCGACCGACACGUUGACCGAAAGAAUUACUUGCCACUCUUGGCACAACUACGAUCAAAUAAGCCAGAUCAAUACUGGGUCACCUCCUAUUGCGUGUUUCAUUCCUUAAAUGACAAGUCGAGCAAUUUGACUAUCAAUCAUAUUUGGGCUCGAAUGAUUAAUAGUAUCAAAGGAAUGAGUCCAGAGAAAGUUUUAGAUUUUGUACAACGUUGGGAAUCACCUCGAGUCUUUUGGGAUGAAUAUAAACUUCAAUUAUCCAAUCAAGAAUCAAUGAAAACCAAACCUGAGAAUUGGAUUGAAGAUGAGAUGAAUAAGACUUUUCGAAGGAUCGGACCUACACUGAGUGAAAGGAUAUGGAAGAUGUUUAAUGAAAAAGCCUAUGGAAAUUUGAAAUAG